AGGAUUUAGGGGGUGGGAGUUGGUGUUGGUGGUGGGGGAAUGAAAAAUUCCCCCAGAAGCUUCAUAGCAACACAACAGCCCAGAAUAUUGGUUUCUUGAAUCCUAAGAUGAUCCUCUUGUUUGUGUCUGUGUGUAUUCUUUUGUGGAAAGAAAACUUUGUAGAGCUAAAAGUCUCUGCAAGGGUGAAGUGGUGUUUGGAUGCAGCUUGUAACAGGAUUCAGAGGGGAUCUAAAGGUGACUUUGAACUAAAGGUGCCAGGCAUCUCGGAGUUCAAAGUCAUUGGUACUUAGGGGAGUUCCCCUUCUUGGGUCUUAGAAUUUAUGAUCCUUUUGCCAUGGUCUUGUUUGAUUUUGACCCAGUAGGACCUGAAGCAGAUAAAUCCAGGUGGGGAUAUACUGAUAGCAAGUCAGUUUGAUGAAAAGUUGGUGGUGAGACUAGGCUUCCAUUAAUGCACGGUCUCUAUCUCCUGUGCUAGGUGAGCCCCAGGUGUGACCCACAGGGAUCCAGGUGACUUCUCUGCAGACUAUUUGCCAUGACAUCCCACCAAGGACAGGGGGAAUAAAGUGGGACUCCUUCCCCAUGCCCCUCCCAUGGUCAGCUCCCCGAUGGCCUGGGUGAGGGCAGGUUGGCUGCUCUGACACCAUGGGGACCUGCUGUAGCUGCCUGAACAGAGACAGCGUGCCAGACAACCACCCUACCAAGUUCAAGGUAACAAAUGUGGAUGACGAAGGGGUGGAGCUGGGCUCAGGGGUGAUGGAGCUGACACAGAGUGAGCUGGUGCUGCACCUGCAGCGGCGGGAAUCCGUCCGCUGGCCCUACCUCUGCCUGCGGCGCUAUGGCUUUGACUCCAAUCUCUUCUCUUUUGAGAGUGGCCGCCGCUGUCAGACAGGCCAGGGAAUCUUUGCAUUCAAGUGCUCCCGGGCCGAGGAGAUCUUCAACCUGCUUCAGGACUUGAUGCAGUGCAACAGCAUCAAUGUGAUGGAAGAGCCGGUCAUCAUCACCCGCAACAGCCACCCACCAGAGCUUGACCUCCCUCGGGGCCCUCCACAGUCCACUGCUUUAGGCUACGCCGUCUCCAGCUUAUCCAAUGGCUUCCCUGGCUGCCCUGGAGAAGGCCUCCGAUUCUCUGCCCCUCGGCGAUCCUCAACAAGCAGCUUGAGACACCCCUCCCUUGGGGAAGAGUCCACCCACGCCCUCAUAGCCCCUGAUGAGCAGUCCCACACCUAUGUCAACACACCAACGGGUGAGGAGGACCACCGCAGGAGUCGCCACUGCCUGCAGCCACUGCCUGAGGGCCGGGCACCCUUCCCACCACAGCCACGGGGUCCGGACCAGCGGGACCCUCAGGUGUUCUUGCAGCCAGGCCAGGUGAAGUUUGUGUUGGGUCCCACUCCUGCUCGGCGACAGGUGAUGAAGUGCCAGAGCCUCUGCCCCAGCCUGCAGGACCCUCCCCACAACAAUAACAACGAGGGCCCUUCUGAGUGCCCAGCCCAGCCAAAAUGCACCUAUGAGAAUGUCAGCAGCUGCGAGAAUGUCAGUGGGCUGCGGCGAGGGGCUGGCUGGAGACUGAGCCCAGAGGAGCCAGGCUGGGGUGGUCUGGCCCACCGUCGGGCUGCCCUGCUGCACUAUGAGAACCUGCCCCCUCUGCCCCCUGUUUGGGAGAGCCAAGCUCAGCAGCUGGCUGGGGAGGCUGGAGAUGAUGGGGACUCCAGGGAUGGGCUCACACCCUCCUCCAAUGGCUUCCCUGAUGGUGAGGAGGACGAGACCCCCUUACAGAAACCCACCAGCACCCGUGCCACCAGCCGUAGCCACAGCAGCUUCCCUGUCCCACUGACCCGCCGCCGAGGCUCCCCGAGAGUCUUCAACUUUGAUUUCCGCCGGUCGGGCCCUGAGCCUCCAAGGCAGCUCAACUACAUCCAGGUGGAGCUCAAGGGCUGGGGCACCGACCGACCCAAGGGGCCCCAGAACCCCGCAGUGUCCGGAGCCCCUGGGUCCACCUCUCACCCUGCCCGCAGCUCAGACUCCUAUGCCGUGAUUGACCUCAAGAAGACCGUGGCCAUGUCCAACCUGCAGAGGGCCCUGCCCCGAGACGAUGGCACCAUCAGGAAGACACGGCACAACAGCACCGACCUGCCUCUGUAGACCUGGUCCUCCACCGCCACUGCCUGCCACACCUGCCAGCCCAUGAUGCAGGGCUGCUUUGCAGAAGGCACUGAGGUGGACCAGAUGCUUCCCUGCACUUCUGGAGUCCCCAAAGAUGUCAGCCACUGAGUGUCCAGGUCCCCAAGCCAGGGAGAGGAGAGGGCAAGCGGGUGAGGAGGGAGCCAGGGCGUAAACUGAAAGGUUCCCACAGCUGCAUUUCGCACCCUCCCCUUCCAUCCAUCUGUCCUGUCUGUCUGUCAUCUGUCCCUGUGGUUUGUUUCUUUUUGUUUGGUUGGUUGUUUUUUGUUUUGUUUUUGGGUUUUUUGGUUGAAAUUUGGAAAUAUUUUGUACUUGUU